AUGUCGACACUGGCCCCCCUGCGUCUGCUGCGCGAGCCCUGGAAUGCCAGUGAGGGCAACCAGAGCAACACCACAGUUGGAGCCAGCAGCGGCUGGUGCCAAGGGCUGGACAUUCCCAAUGAGCUGUUCCUGGCGCUUGGGCUGGUGAGCCUGGUGGAGAACCUGCUGGUAGUGGCCGCCAUCCUGAAGAACAGAAACCUGCACUCGCCCACCUACUACUUCAUCUGCUGCCUGGCGGUGUCUGACAUGCUGGUGAGCAUCAGCAACCUGGCGGAGAUGCUCUUCAUGCUGCUCCUGGAACACGGGGUGCUGGUGAUGCGCCCCAGCAUUGUCCGCCACAUGGACAACGUCAUCGACAUGCUCAUCUGCAGCUCUGUUGUGUCCUCCCUCUCCUUCCUGGGGGUCAUCGCUGUCGACCGCUACAUCACCAUCUUCUACGCCUUGCGCUACCACAGCAUCAUGACGCUGCAGAGGGCCGUGGUGACCAUGGCCAGCAUCUGGCUGGCCAGCACCGUCUCCAGCACCGUCCUCAUCACCUACUACCACAGCAACACCAUCCUCCUCUGCCUCAUCAGCUUCUUCCUCUUCAUGCUGAUCCUCAUGCUGGUGCUCUACAUACACAUGUUUGCCUUGGCCCGCCACCACCUCCACAGCAUCUCCAGCCAGCAGAAGCCUCCCACUGCCCACCACGGUGGCAGCCUGAAGGGCGCUGUCACCCUCACCAUCCUCCUGGGGGUCUUCUUCAUCUGCUGGGGGCCCUUCUUCUUCCACCUCAUCCUUAUUGUCACCUGCCCCACCAACCCCUUCUGCACCUGCUUCUUCAGUUACUUCAACCUCUUUCUCAUCCUCAUCAUCUGUAACUCGGUGAUUGACCCCCUCAUCUACGCCUUCCGGAGCCAAGAGCUCCGACGGACGCUGCGGGAGGUGGUGACGUGCUCCUGUGGGGACCGGCUGGGGGUGCCCCCUGGCCGUGCCCCCCGCGGCUGCCGGGGCUCCCCGCUCCGCCGCGGCGCGGCGUGGCCGCGGGCGUGGCCGUGGGCGUGGCCGGGCGGGGCGGCCCGGGCGGUGCCGGUGCCGCAGGGCUGUUGCAGCGCUGCGGCGGCGGCCGCUGAUUGGCUGCGGGCGGCGGUGACGUCAGCGGCCGGCCCGGUGCGGCGGCGGGCGCCUAUAAAGGCGGUGGCGGCGGCGGGUCCGCCCCCCGCGCUCCCGGUGCCGCUCUGCUUCGGUGCCGCUCCGCUCCCGGCCCCUGCCCGCUCCCGUCCCGCUCCGCUCCGGCCCGGCCGCACCAUGAGGGAGAUCGUCCACAUCCAGGCGGGGCAAUGCGGCAACCAGAUCGGCGCCAAGUUCUGGGAGGUGAUCAGCGACGAACACGGCAUCGACCCCAGUGGCAACUACGUGGGGGACUCAGACCUGCAGCUCGAGCGCAUCAGCGUCUACUACAAUGAGGCCUCUUCUCACAAGUAUGUGCCUCGCGCCAUCCUGGUGGACCUGGAGCCAGGGACGAUGGACAGCGUGCGCUCAGGCGCCUUCGGCCACCUCUUCCGCCCCGACAACUUCAUCUUUGGGCAGAGCGGUGCCGGGAACAACUGGGCAAAGGGGCACUACACGGAGGGGGCUGAGCUGGUGGACUCCGUGCUGGACGUGGUGCGGAAGGAGUGCGAGAACUGCGACUGCCUGCAGGGCUUCCAGCUGACCCACUCGCUGGGUGGGGGCACGGGCUCGGGCAUGGGCACCCUGCUCAUCAGCAAGGUGCGGGAGGAGUACCCUGACCGCAUCAUGAACACCUUCAGCGUGGUGCCGUCCCCCAAGGUGUCGGACACGGUGGUGGAGCCCUACAAUGCCACACUCUCCAUCCACCAGCUGGUGGAGAACACGGAUGAGACCUACUGCAUCGACAACGAGGCGCUCUACGACAUCUGCUUCCGCACCCUCAAACUGGCCACCCCCACCUAUGGUGACCUAAACCACCUCGUUUCAGCUACCAUGAGCGGCGUCACCACCUCCCUGCGCUUCCCUGGCCAGCUCAACGCUGACCUCCGCAAGCUGGCCGUCAACAUGGUGCCCUUCCCGCGUCUCCACUUCUUCAUGCCUGGCUUCGCUCCGCUGACAGCGCGUGGCAGCCAGCAGUACCGCGCCCUCACCGUGCCCGAGCUCACCCAGCAGAUGUUCGAUGCCAAGAACAUGAUGGCCGCCUGCGACCCCCGCCAUGGCCGCUACCUCACUGUGGCCACUGUCUUCCGUGGCCGCAUGUCCAUGAAGGAGGUGGACGAGCAGAUGUUGGCCAUCCAGAGCAAGAACAGCUCCUACUUUGUAGAGUGGAUCCCCAACAAUGUCAAGGUGGCUGUGUGCGACAUCCCACCGCGGGGGCUGAAGAUGUCCUCCACCUUCAUCGGGAACAGCACGGCCAUCCAGGAGCUCUUCAAGCGCAUCUCAGAGCAGUUCACAGCCAUGUUCCGCCGCAAAGCCUUCCUACACUGGUACACAGGUGAGGGCAUGGACGAGAUGGAGUUCACCGAGGCCGAGAGCAACAUGAAUGACCUGGUGUCUGAGUACCAGCAGUACCAGGAUGCCACGGCUGAGGAGGAGGGCGAGAUGUACGAGGACGACGAGGAGGAGUCGGAGGCACAGGGCGCCAAGUGAUGCCUGACACCACCCCCGACGCUGCCCGCGGCCCCCCUGGCUUCGCGCUGCUGCACCCCCCGGGUGGUGCCCCCCCUGCCGUUCCCUCAGUGUCUCCUGACCCCCUGCCCCCCUGAGCCAGCUCGGCUCCCCACCCCUCCGUCCCGCCUCCCCCCUUUUCAUUUUUUACUGGUUCGUGUCUAUUAUUUUUUUUGAAUACUUAAUAAAUUUAUUGCUGUCCAGGUA